AUGGAGUUUAUGAAGCAUCUGGAAGUCAUCAACGAGACCAACUUUCCAAUGAUACCCAUAGAUAAGCACCUGACCGCCUCACUGCGCAUCCGGCAGCUAGCGUGCCUUAUUGGCUCCAUGCAGCAGGUGAACCAAAAGAUGGGUGGAAUAGACCUGAGUCUCAAUGAGAUGACCAAUAGCCUGGCGAUUGAGAAAUAUGAGAUGGAGAAGAAUAUUUUAAAAGAGAAAAGUCGCAGCAGCCCAGCAGACAGAGCAGUGGUCUUUAAGUGUUUCUGUUCAGAUAGAGAAUUAGAGAAGUUUCUCUCUUCUCGUUCUCCCAAAGCCAUAUGGCUGGAUAGCUUCUGGUGGAUAUUUCAUGAGAGGUACCAGCCGAACAAGGAAAUCCAGCAUAAGCUGUUUGACCGAAUAGCCCAACAUUAUGCCGUCAUUUUGUUCCAUUUACCCAGGUCCCACUAUGAAGAGGCGCUUUUAAAAAAAUUCCCAUCACUUCUGAGCAAAGGUGUGUACACCAGCUUCUGCUGCUGCUUCCCACAGUCCUGGUUCAACACGCAUGAAUUUAAGACGGAGAUCUGCAACACCAUGAACCUGUGGAUAACAGGGACAUAUCCUCGUAUACAGUGCUAUAAGGACUGGGACUAUUCAGAAUUGGAUCCAGAGAGAUUCCGGAGAGAGGAAUUACUGAAUCACAGAAAACGGCAGGCAAAAGGAAGAGAAUUUUCUCUCUUCAAUUUAAAGAAAACCUCUCUCAAGUCAGGCCAGAAAAAAAACAUCCACGCUCAGUCUUGUAGUGCAUAUUUGAUCAAUGAUAAACUCCCUCCUGGCAAGUUGAGUACAGAAGAAAGCUGGCAAUUGCAGGGUGCUGCCAAAGGAUAUCCUCGUCGUCAGACCCUAGUCUGGAGGAAAGCCACACGACAAGUCAAGAGAAUAUCAGAAGCCAGAGAAUAUGCAAAUAUGUUUAAAGAGUCCUGCACUGCCUGCAAAAAUCCUGAGCUGACCCCCAGCCUUUUCAACCUCUAUGGAAAGAGCCCGCUGAUCAUGUACUAUCUUCUUAACCAUGCUACCCUGUGCCAUAAAGGCCAGGAUAUGCUGGUAACCCGGCAUGAAUGGACCAAAGCCCUCCCUGACUCUGUCCCAACUUAUGCUCAUAUCAUCAACCUGUCCCUGUACAACAUGAAGAGGAGAAAGGAAAAACUCAGACAGCUCAACCGCCUGCACUGGCAGGAAUGGAAUUAUUUUGAUAGUUACUUACAGGAACUGCAAGACAACAUCUUGAGGCAGAUGAAGAAUAUUGAUAAAUUAGAAGCAGAAAAAAGGAAGACCAACUACAUGUUCAUCCCGCCCUAUCCCCGGUUGGAAAUCAGGAAAUUGAAAGGAAACCUGAAAAAAAUGGAGGCUCUUUCAAGAGGGGUGGAGAAAGACAAGAAACAGAAAGUCCUGUCCAAGAAGGACCCCUCCAUCUUCAGCCUCUCCUCCUCCACCUCACACGGAUGA